AUGAGUCUGUACGAGUACAAGCACCCGAUCAUCAACAAGGACCUGGUAUCAGGCCCAGAUUCAGGGUCCAGAAAGCAGUUCCCCACGCUGGAAGCGUGGUACGACGUGGUCAACGACUAUGAAUUCCAAGCGCGCUGCCCCAUCAUCCUCAAGAACUCGCACCGCAACAAGCAUUUCACGUUCGCGUGCCACCUCAAGUCGUGUCCCUUCAAGGUGUUGCUGAGCUACUCGGGCAAUCACAAGGAUGACGGCGAGGGCGACAGCGCGGACGAGGACGAGGACGCGCUGGCCCACCAUCAACACCACUUGCACAACAACAACGCGGCGGGCGCGGGCCGCGACGCGAAACACGACCAAGACGUGCACGUGCACGUGAAAGACGACGAAGAAGCGGCCGCUGCCGCGGCCGCUGCGGCCCACGAACCCUCCAAGUUCAAUGACGAGGUCAGCGCGGCGAUCGCCGCCGCUGUCGCUGCUGUUACGGACUCGGGCGCCGCCGGCACGCCCACUGGUAAUGGGGCCUCCGCGCACGGCGACCACGCUGGCCCCGUGGGCUCUGUGCGCGGGCCCUUCACCGUGACCAAGAUCGACCCCUACCACAACCACCCGCUCGAAUCCAACCUCAGCCUCGCCAAGUUCGUGCUGACCAAGAUCCCCCGUAUUUUGCAAAACGACCUCAAGUUCGACUCCAUCCUCGAGUCUCUGUGCAAUGAGGACGACAACACGGUUGCCAAGUUCCGCGUGUCGCAAUACGUCGAGGAAUCUGGUAUUCUCGACAUCCUCAAGGAGCGUUACGGCCUCACGGACGCGGAUCUCGACAAGAAACUGCUAUCGCACAUCGCGCGCCGUAUCACCACCUACAAGGCGCGUUUUGUGCUCAAGAAAAAGAAGGCUGGCACCUACGGGAUGCCCAGCAGCCCAAUGACCGCGGCCGCGGCCGCUGCUGCGGCUAUCAGUGCCAACGGCGUGGCCGUCGGCCCGGACGGUGACUCCAAAAAACGCCCUGGCAGCGACAUGAAGGACGACCGCGACGACGAACUCGAAGGCCGCAAACGCACGCGUGCAAACAAGAUCUCCACCGCGGUCAAAAUGGGCACGCGUACCUCGCUGGUAAACGACCCGGCCCUCGCCGCGCUGGAGGACUCUGCUGAUCCAGAUGACAACAAACUGCCCCAGGACGUUGCUGAACAGCUACGGCUCUUGAGCUCCCAUCUCAAGGAGGUCGAGCAACAGCAGCAGCAACAACAGCAACAGCAACAUGUCUCGGAUAACUCUCACGUACCCAAGAUGGAAGUCAAGGACGACAUACCUGAUGAGAACAUCCAACCUGAGUUGAGGGGCCAGUGA